AUGCAGAACGACAACGGCGAAUGCGUGGAUCUCUACAUCCCACGAAAAUGCUCGGCCUCCAACCGAAUCAUCCACGCCAAGGAUCACGCCUCCGUGCAGAUGUCCUUUGUUGACGUCGAUGAGAAUGGCCUGUACCGAAACUCCCAGACUGCUUUUGCCAUCUGCGGUGCUCUUCGACGAAUGGGCGAAUCUGACGACUGCAUAAACCGAUUGGCCAAGCGAAGUGGACUCCUUCCUAAGUAA